AUGGCCCUCUCUCAGGAUCUGCCUCCUAAGGGCGGCUAUGCGCCUAUCCAGUGGAAGCGUAACCUGCCUUCCCGUGGUUUCCGUCCUGGAAUUUACUUUGCUAUUGUCACAGGUAUCUGUGGCUACGGCUUCUACAAGCUGAUCGCCGGUAUUCGCGAACGUAACGAGCUGGCUCGCGAACGUCAGUGGGGCCGUAUCUAUCUUAUGCCCUUGCUUGAGGCCGAGGCAGACCGUGAUGCCUACCGUCGUAUUACCAGUUUGCGGGCGAAGGAGCAGGAGGUUAUGGCUGAUGUUGCUGAUUUCGACGCUACCAAGUCCGUUUACAACGACCCCAAGUUCCGCAAGCCUGCGGUUAUUGGUUUCCCCAAGUUCUAA